UCUUGUCCUUUAUGUUCGUGACGUCACACAAAGAGAGGCGACUCUCUGGGCGGCCCCUGGCCCCAGAGGGGGCGGGUAUCACUUAGUUCCAGCCUUCCGUAUUAAUAUCGAGGAUGUCGGCUGGUUCCCAAGACGUUGCUCCGUCGCUUCCAACAUGUCUAGCGUUGGCCUCUGUUUCCCUUAUGUGUUUCGUGGCCGGGUUUGGGACCGGGGCGGAGUUUGUUCGUUUUUUGUCGUUUGGGACGAUCUUUAAGAAUUUCAGCGGAGGGCUGGAGGGUGAUCUUCCUCCACUGUCAUGGCGUGAAGCAGUUGGUGACACGCAGGUUUAUCGAGCUCUCGGUAUAGAUGCUGCUCUGCUCAUACUGUUUGUGCUGCAGCACAGCGUCAUGGCAUGGCCAUCAGUCAAGGGAGCCGUAACACAAGUGUUUGGUGUUCUCAAUCGCUCACUGUACAUCCUCUGUACAGCCAUCUCCCUGCAGGCGCUUAUGUAUUACUGGCAGCAGUGCCACCGUGGCCCCUAUCUAUGGAGUGCGUCUUCUGACCAGUGGAACCUGUGGCUCCCUCUGAUUUGCGCCCUCCUGCACACUGUAUCCUGGCUGCUGAUAUUUAGUGUCCUGCUCAUCUUCGACUACGCAGAGCUUAUGGGUAUCAAGCAGGUUUAUUAUCACUGCUUUGGGAUGGGUGACCCACUCUCUCAUAAAGCUCCUCGUGUUGCCCGUCUCUACGCUCAUCUCAGACACCCCAUUUAUCUGGAGCUCCUGGUGAUCAUGUGGGCAGUGCCCGCUCUCUCUCCUGACCGCCUGCUCCUCUCCUCGUUUCUUACACUUUACCUCUCCCUGGUUCACCGACUUGACGUGCAGGACUACACUUACUUAAGUUCUCAGCUGGAGAAGAAGUUUCUGCUCUUUUCACGCGAGGAGGAGAACGGGAGGGGAGAAUUAUGGAAAAAAGAAUGAGGGGGGAUUAGACAGGGAAUCCCAUGAGUAAAAUCAGAAUGGAAAAAAUGCAAGGAAGAAAACAAUAUAAAGGGGGUAGGGAAAUAGAUAAAAAGAGAGUGUAUAAGAAAGAAUUGACUGAUAUAGAAAGCAUAAGAGUGAGCUGGUUAAGUUAGAAAUGUCAGACUAGAUGGGGAAUGGAAAUUUUUAGGAACAGAGAGGCAACCAUAAGAGGUUUAACAACUUCAAGGCAAGUGGCCGGCAUUUUACCAUGUUCUGCCUUCUUUUGAAAGUGGAUUAUUUUAUUCUCUGCCCACGCAUUUCGUGUAAUUCCACUUUUUCCAAAAAUAAAUUCUAACAGGAAUGGGAUAAAAGACGUAUUCAUGGACUACACCUUUUGAUUGCAAGAUUGGGAAGGUACCCAUUUUCUUGAAGACAGUGCCAGACAGAUCUUUCCGUUAUCUGUUUAUUAAUCUGGUUUUAAAGCCACAGUCUGAAAAAUGAGUGAAUGCAUGGAUCUUCAGCACCUGCUGUAUUAUGGGAGAUCCCUGAACAGUCUGCUAAACCACCGACGUAACGCGCUUCGCUGCAAAUUACAAACAGGAGUGUCUUUUAUCGCUAAACCUCACAAAGAUCUAGAGCUAUCCAAUUUGGAUUACUAACAGGUCUUUUAAAUGUGUUUUUACUUGUGUUAUAUUUUACAGAUGUCUAUAUAUACAUUUUUUUUAAUGCUUUUUUUUGCUUACAAUUUUUUUAUCCUUGAUAUAAAUUUACAGAGGAAAGAAAAAAAACAUUUUAAGGCAAAACACAUUUUAUGAUUUUAGGCUGUAAAUUCAUAUAUUUUAUUAUUGCAAAUAAAACGUUCAAUUAAUUGGUC